AUGCUGGACCUAACGUCCAAAAUGUAUUUCACAGUCAACGUCACCUUGGCCGCUGCGGCAAUCCCACACCCUUGGAACCACGACGACGCCCGUAAAUACCGCCAUCUCACAAGGCGCGAUCCCUUCCCAAGCGGAGUCAUGGCUGCCACAAAGUAUCUAGAAUCUACCCCGACUGAAACCAAAAGGACGCUGAACUUCUUCGGCCGAGGUGCCAACCUGACAGAAAUGACAGAAAGCACAGAGGAACAGAAGCAUGAUCUGCAUUCUCACGAAGACCAUUUCCACCUGUAUAGUCUGCAUGGACACGACAAGUACCUUCCUAGUCCUUACCCUCGCUCACAAGAAGACAUCGACGAUGUCGCUGAUGAUAUUUUCCCCUGGCGAGAAGAUGCCGAGCUUGAGCCCACUGACACCAAAAGGCUGCGCCUCUUCUCCCUUCGUGGCGCAGGCUCCCCCGAAGUCACCGAGGAGAAGAAGCACCACCUACCUUCCCAACAGGACUACCUCCCCGAGGUCGACCGCGCGUACAGACAUAACCAUGAUGAGUACCUCGAAGACUCGGACUCGUGCUCAGAGGCCGAAACAUACCUUGUAUCCUCUGCGGCUAGCAUCAAUAAAGGACUGCAGCGCCGGUGCGUGCGGAGGAAGAAUUGCAAGGAGAUUUGUGCGCAGAGUGGUCUUGAGGGCACCACCGGGUGUACGUGGAAUUAUGGGGGGUGA